GCCUACGUUUUUAAAAUGCGACAGUGGUGUUGAACAACGUUCGAAAAUCUGCAUAUCAAAUAUGGGUUGGACAUUAACUAGUCAAAUGUAAGGUAUCCCUUUUUAAUGUAAACACAAUGUAGAUUUUCCCUGACUACGACAUGUGCGACUCACCAGAACAUCACCAGGCUCGUCUGCGAAAUUUGGAAGAGUUGACGGAGUUCGCCGAGAACUGCCAGAGACAACUGAAUGAGCUGUUCGAGACGCUGGGAUGGAGACUGGACCAGGAUAACGGGCCAGUUCAGGAGCCGAUGGAGAUGUGCCCCUAUGACCCGAACCACAGAGUGCCAAGCAGGAGCAUGGGGAGACAUAAAGCCACCUGCCAACUCAGCCAGAUUGGAUACUCCCAUGAGGAACAGGCUGAGAUGUGUGACCCCUCUCUGUGUUAUGAGAAUGCCAGCAUUACCAGCUUCACAAUGGACAAACACACACAGCAACAAGUGAUUCUUCAAGCAAGAGCAAGUGCACCGCCAAUUAGGACAGAGGGACUGUACAGCCAAAGUGAAUACUCCACAGACCCUACAGAAGUUCCUCAGAACCAGAAGCGAGCUAUCUGUGACCUUACUGUGGCAGACCGAUUGGCUCUUUUUGAUCACGUGACAAGGGAGGGCAUCAAACAGAAGGAUCAAGUUGUUGCAACCAACAACGAGGACCUUUAUGUUGAUUUGGUGGCCAAGCUCAAAAAGGGUAACGAUCAGAAUGAGCACAAGUCUCACCUGGAGCUGAUGGCUGAGAUGAGGGACUACAAGAGACGGCGGCAGUCUUACAGAGCCAAGAACGUCCAUAACACCAAGAAGUCCUACACUGAGGUGAUUCGGGAUGUGAUUAAUGUCCACUCUGUUGAACUGUCCAGUCAGUGGAAAGAGGAGGAGAGGAAGGAAGAGGAUAGAGAGUCCAAACACGGCCCUCACAGGAGAAGUUCUGAGGACAGGCGGUCUGCCUCCAUAGAAUCCCGCCAAUCUCACGUCAGCUCCAGGGAUGGAAACAUCUCCCAGCACAAACACCACGGCAUCGAAGAGCGCAGAAAAGAACCCAGUCCAGAGCAGGGCCAGGGGCGCAGCCGAGAGAAGGAGCGUAAGAAGAAGAGAAAGAGGGAUUCUUGCUCACCGGAUGAGAGACCUCAUGAUCGAAAGAAGAAAAAGAAGAAGAAAAAGGAAGAGAAGUGAUUUUCAAGUUUAGUACUUUGGCUUGGAAAACCAGAGAUUAGGUCAAGGAGCCAACCAAAGCUACGAUCAAAUGUUCAUAAUAUCGUACCACUUAGAAUGUACGCCUUCAUACUAAGUGCCCAAUUCAUGGUUUCGUACUAAGUGGUAUGCGUGUGUAGAAAUUGUAGUUUGACUCACAGACAAAUCUUUCUUUGAUGUAAUCUAAUGAUGAUAUUUUAAAGCAACAGUGCAGCUUUAAACAACUGUCUUAAACUAUAGAGGUUGUUAAAAGCCUGUUGUAUUAGAUUACAGAAUGUAAAUAAACUGUUAGAACACGAUUCUCAGAAUUCUGUUGUACAUUCAUAAUUACCCCUGUAUUUGACUCACUUCCAAAAAAACGGUUUGAUGUUUAAAGCUAAAACAGCAUUGUGUUUGAACUUUGAAUAGAAGCUUCAUAUGUAUACUUUAAUGAUCAUGGUCAUAAUCUGUGUAAAAGCUUUUGUGUGAUGGCCCUUAUUUAGAAGUAUUCAAAGAAAAGUCUUACUGAAGUAAGGUUACCUUUCAUUCUCACAAAAAUGACUUCUGUUGUAAAGCCACAAUUACUUUAGAAUUCAUGGAUUACUUCCUUUUUUAACAAGAACUCUGCAUCAACAAUUGUCAGUGUCUUUCCAUGUUGCGACUAGAAAUGGUCAGAAAUAUCUACACUUCUAUCAGAUAUGUAUAUGAAUGUAAUCAUUUAGGUGUAAAUGGCCCCUCCCAGGCCAACCCUAUUGGUUGAGACCCCUCAGGGCAGUUUGUGCCUUUCUCAGUGUGUACUGUAUUGAAUGUUGGACAGGGGUGUCCAUAGUUGGCACACACAUAAAAGGUCAGGCCUGGGGUCAAAGUGCAUCUGCAGUCUUUUAAUGAUGGGAUAAAAAUACUUUUCAAUAUCUGUCACAACACUAUUCAAUUGGUACUGAGGUUGAUCACCUGUUAAACCGUUACUUUAAAUGGGUAUUCAAUUCAUAAUCAGAAUGUAAAUCCAUUUUUUUUGACUGAAUGACUAUAUAAUUGACCUUAACCUUAACUGUACUACUUGAACAGCUCCAAAUGUCAACUUUUGAAUGUUUUUAGUUAUUGGGGUAUUCAUGACCUGCACAACUGUGUCAGUAUACUGAAAUGGUCACCAAAAUGGACCCUGCACUAGUCUCAUCUGUUUUAAACCCUCCCUCUCUAAUUCUGUAUUUCUCUUUUUCUCCUUACUCUCUCAUCCCUCUCUUCUGUCUGGGUCUCUGCCCCUGUUUGUAUUUGGGAUUAGGGUUAGACUCAGGUAUUUCUCACCCUGUCGAGGAGAAGAGGGAGCCGAGCCCGUGGCUGCCUGAGAACCUUAUGGAUCCCUGAGAGAGGGAGAGCAAGGGAGAGAGAGAGAGGAAGGGGGACCAGUGCUGUGAGUGGGGAGCGAGAAUGCUGUAAGGAGUGCAGCUCAGGGAGGAAAUAAACUGGACUUUUCUGUCUUUUAUUUUUUAAACCUGUGGACUAUCUGAUACGUUGAGUGAGGGACUCAGUGGAUUAUACAGAACCAAACAGACAGAACCAGCAUCAUGGGAGCCCCCAGGGUGAAGGUAAGCAAGCAGACCAGGCAUGGUCUAAGAAGGUUUCUGAGAUGUUGCUAUGCCAGAUUCUGAAUGUGAAUGCUGUAUUUGGUCCAAUAGUGUGGUUCUUGGGCCUAGGUUCUCUGGUCCGCAGGUGGUGUACUCAGUGAUGCUGGAUUGAGGAACCUAAUCGAACUAUUGGUUGUGUAAUGAUGCGGUAAUGAGGGUUUAUUUUUGGUACAGUGUGAGUGUAUUUGACAUGGACUGAUUUAGCUGGUGGGUUGUGAGCAUAAAGAAACCUAAAUAUAAAUUGUUUAAAUACAAUGUGACCUAUUUUCAGGAUGAUUAGCCUUGUGGUUCACAUGCAGCCCCUAAUAGUGUUUGAGUUCCCUCUGAAUUAAGGGUAAUUACUUUAGUCUGUACGUUUCUCAGGAAUGUGCAGAUUUGACUUUAUCUUACAGAGCACUCCACUAACACAACAGCAAGUAAACCAACAAGGCUUGAAACAUUGCACUUUACAACUUUGAGAGGUGAUUUUGUUGUUUGAAAAUGUGGGUAAAUGUAUGUUUUUUC